UCCGCCGCUAAGCCACGCCCCCUCCCCGAGGCGGAAGUCUCGCGAGAUCUGCGGCCCGGCGGCGGCGGGAUGUGCGGGGGCUGUGUGGGCACCGAGUACCCGGAGCGGGGCACCACCUGCCUGGAAGGCGGCUCCUUCCUCCUCAACUUCGUGGGGUGCGCGCAGUGCGGCCGCCGGGACUUCGUGCUGCUCAGCAACCGCGCCGCCGGCCUGCACGGCGGGGACGAGAUCGUCACCUACGACCGUGCGAGGGGGGACACCGGUGUGUGUGUGUGUGUGUCCCCGGUGUGUGUGUCCCCCCCACGGUGUGUGUCCCCCCCCCGGCAGACCAGGGUGGAGGACAUCGUGCAGGAGAUCUUCGACGCCUACAGGAGCAAGCAUCACGCCUCCCAGUUUGUCCUGCAGCGGGAGAAGCACUUCCAUUACCUGAAGAGGGGUUUGCGGCAGCUCUCCUCGGCCUACGAGUGCCUGGACGCCAGCCGGCCCUGGCUCUGCUACUGGAUCCUGCACAGCCUGGAGCUGCUGGACGAGCCCGUCCCCGACUCCGUCGCCUCCGAUGUCUGCCAGUUCCUGAGCCGCUGCCAGAGCCCCAAGGGUGGUUUUGGGGGGGGCCCCGGGCAGUACCCCCACCUCGCCCCCACCUACGCCGCCGUCAACACGCUCUGCAUCAUCGGCACCGAGGAAGCCUUCGGCAUCAUCGACAGGAAGAAGCUGCUGGAGUACCUGCACUCCCUGAAGCAGCCCGAUGGCUCCUUCCUCAUGCAUGAAGGUGGCGAGGUGGACGUCAGGAGCGCCUACUGCGCUGCCUCGGUGGCCUCCUUGACCAACCUCCUCUCGCCCACGCUCUUCGCCGGGACGGCCGAGUGGAUCGCCAGGUGCCAGAACUGGGAGGGUGGCAUCGGUGGGGUGCCGGGGAUGGAGGCCCACGGUGGUUACACCUUCUGCGGCAUGGCCGCCUUGGUCAUCCUGGGCAAGGAACAUCUGCUGAACCUCCGGAGCUUGCUGCGCUGGGUGACGGGCCGGCAGAUGCGCUUCGAGGGUGGCUUCCAGGGUCGCUGCAACAAGCUGGUGGACGGGUGCUACUCCUUCUGGCAAGCUGGGCUCCUGCCCCUGCUCCACCGUGCCCUCCAUGCCAGGGGUGACACAUCUCUCAGCAUGAGACGCUGGAUGUUUGACCAGCUGGCGCUGCAGGAAUACAUCCUCCUCUGCUGCCAGUGCCCAGCCGGGGGGCUGCUGGACAAGCCGGGCAAAUCCCGGGAUUUCUACCACACGUGCUACUGCCUGAGCGGGUUGGCCAUCGCCCAGCACUUCGGUAGCGGUGACCUCCACCAGGAGGUGGUCCUGGGGGUCCCCGAAAAUCGGCUGAGCUUCUAG